UUCCAGUAUCUCAUGUACCUGAACACCCAAGCUGGGCGCUCUUACAACGAUUUGAUGCAAUACCCGAUUUUCCCCUGGGUUUUAUCCGAUUAUGACUCGGAUGAACUGGAUCUGUCCAGACCAGAAACGUUCCGUGAUCUUUCUAAACCGAUGGGGGCACAGACUGCACGUCGACUCAGUCAGUUCGAACGUCGCUUCAAAGAGUGGGAUGAUCCUUCCGGUGAAACACCUCCCUACCACUACGGUACGCACUACUCUUCGGCCAUGAUUGUGGCCUCGUAUCUGGUCCGAAUGGAGCCUUUCACACAGCAGUUCCUCCGUUUGCAGGGUGGGCAUUUUGAUCUGCCAGAUCGAAUGUUUCACAGUGUGAAGGAUGCAUGGCUCAGCGCCUCACAACAUAACAUGGCCGAUGUGCGUGAGCUCAUCCCGGAGUUUUUCUACCUCCCUGAUUUCCUGGUCAACUCAAACAGAUUCGAUCUGGGCAUCAAACAGAAUGGAGUGGAAGUGGACGAUGUGACUCUUCCUCCGUGGGCCAAAUCCGAUCCACGGGAAUUCAUUCGUGCGCAUCGUGAGGCUUUGGAAAGCGAGUACGUCUCAGCUCAUCUCCACGAGUGGAUAGAUCUAAUCUUUGGCUACAAGCAACAAGGUGAUAGUGCCGUGCAGGCCUGUAACGUAUUUCACCACCUGUUCUACGAGGGUAACGUUGACAUAUACUCAAUCGACGACCCCCUUCGACGCUCGGCUGUGAUUGGCUUCAUCAAUAAUUUCGGUCAAAUUCCCAAGCAGUUGUUCCGCAAACCCCAUCCAAGUCGCCGUGUGGCUAUUCCACGUGCUCCGGCACUCACUGCAGCGCUGUACAUGAAUGCAAAUGGACGGCGUAAUUCCGGUAGUCAACUUGCUGUGGAUCUAUUCUAUCGUAAUCUUGAUUGUCUUCGACCACACAUGCAGCCAAUCAAAGGUAAUUUUCUGUUUGCAUAG